AUGUUUACAAAAUGGACUUCAAUUCUUCUACUCAUCCAGCUGAAUUGUUACUUUAGCUGUGGGUCCUGUGGGAAAGUGCUGGUGUGGCCAAUGGACUACAGUCAUUGGAUGAAUUUAAAAACUAUAUUAGAUGAACUUGUUCAGAGGGGUCAUGAAGUGACUGUGCUAACAUCUUCAGCUUCCGUUAUCGUGGAUCCUAACAAAAUAACUACUAUUAAGUUUGAAAUUUAUCCAACAUCCUUUACUAAAGAUGAAUUAGAUAUCAUUUUUAUGAAAUGGCUCGAAAAAUGGACAUAUGAAUUACCAAGAAGUACAUUGUGGGCAUAUGAUUCAAAGAUGCAGAAAACCUAUCAUGAAUUUUCUGAUACUGUUCAAAAGCUCUGUGAGGAUGCAGUUUUGAACAAGAAACUUAUGAAAAAACUGAAAGAAUCAAAAUUUGACCUUAUUCUUGGAGAUGCCAUUUCUCCUUGUACUGAGUUGUUGGCUGAGCUAUUUAACCUGCCUUUCAUCUACAGUCUUCUAUUUACUACUGGCAAUAGAUAUGAAACAUUCUGUGGAGGACUUCCACAUCCACCUUCCUAUGUUCCAGUCCUCCUAUCAGAACUUAGUGACAAAAUGACUUUCAUGGAAAGGGUUACAAAUAUGUUGUAUUUCCUCUAUUUUGACUUUGUGUUUGAGACUUUCAACAAGAAGAAGUGGGAUCAGUUUUACAGUGAAGUAUUAGGAAAACCUACUACACUGUGUGAGUUGAUGGGGAAAGCUGAUGUGUGGCUGAUGCGAAGAUACUGGGAUUUUGACUUUCCUCGCCCUUAUUUACCUACUUUUCAAUUUGUUGGUGGACUCCACUGCAAGCCUGCCAAACCAUUGCCUGAGGAAAUGGAAGAGUUUGUUCAGAGCUCUGGAGAAGAUGGCAUUGUUGUUUUCACUCUGGGAUCAAUGGUCAAAAGCCUUCCAGAAGAAAAGACUAACAUGAUUGCCUCAGCCAUUGCUAAGAUUCCACAGAAGGUAUGA